UCCCUAUUCACUUAAAAUCUGAACUCCACCCCAGAAAAGAACUUUUGAAGAAACUUCUGGAGGAGAGACGGAUCCUGCCCCUCAAACCAUGGGGCCUGUCAGCUACUCAUCAGAGACCUAUGACUUGAGCCAGGUGGAGCUGAGCGGUUACUACGAAGCUGAGAACACCACCCCUUCUUUGGAGGGCUACUUUUGCUUCAACCCAACCUCAUCUGUGGUUGGCAACCAGGGAGACCCCUUCAGAAAGGUCUUCAUGCCCCUCAUCUAUCUGCUGAUGUUUGUGUUGGGAACUGUGGGUAAUGCCCUCGUCCUGGUCAUUUUAGAGAGGUUCAAGAGGUCACGCACCACCACAGAAAACUUCCUUUUCCACCUCACCCUGGCCAACCUGGCAUUGUUGCUCACCUUCCCAUUCAGUGUGGUGGAGAGCUUAGCUGGGUGGGUGUUUGGGAAGUUCCUCUGCAAGAUACUCAGUGCUGUCCACAAGAUCAAUUUCUACUGCAGUAGCAUGCUUCUAGGGUGCAUUGCAGUGGACCGUUACCUGGCCAUCGUCUAUGCAAUCCACACCUACCGCAAACGCAGAGCUCGCUCCAUCCACCUCACCUGCAUGGCUGUCUGGCUCAGCUCAUUGCUUCUGACUUUACCUGAUCUCAUUUUCAUGGAAGUCUGGAGAGACGACAGCAACCRCAGUAUUUGCUAUUUUCCGGAGGUUGGGAUCGAUGGAAACAAUGCGUGGCUGGCAACCCGCUUCCUCUACCACACCGUGGGCUUCUUUGUGCCUCUGCUGGUCAUGUGUUACUGCUACAUGGCCAUCAUCCGGGCACUGUGUCAGUCCCAGCGCCUGCAGAGGCAAAAAGCUGUCCGUGUGGCCAUCCUGGUCACAGGCAUCUUCCUGCUCUGCUGGAGCCCAUACCACCUGGUCAUCUUCCUGAACACACUGACAAAGCUAGAAGCCUUCACCAAGAACUGCCUCCUGGAAGACCAACUGGACACAGCCAUCAUGGUGACAGAGGCCAUUGGCUUCACACACUGCUGCCUCAAUCCCAUCCUCUAUGCCUUUAUUGGAGUCAAGUUCCGUAAUGACUUCUUCCGGAUCCUGCAGGAGCUGGGUUGCAUAACGCAGGAGACCCUGCAGGAGAUCCUGGAGGUGACAAGGAAGGGUAGCGGGAUAGAGUCUGACAACACCACCUCUAUCUCCACUUUCUAGCUGGGAAAGGCUGCCUGCAGGGCAGAACUGGCCUGGGGCUUUCCUUCCCAGUAGCACAGUUGCUGUGGUCUCAGUUACAAGUUUCACAAGCAUCCCCACAACUUUCUUCAUUCUUCACUAAACAGGUCCAAUAGCCACCAAACACCCGAAUCCCAUCAGAUACCUUGCCUGGCUUUUCCUGGUUCUCGUACUUGUAGAGAUUCACUAAGCAGCUAUUCGUGAAUGCUGGCUGUCUGAUGGUCACUCCUGUGUGGCUGGAUAAACUUAAGUGCGUUGAACCUGACAUUCCCACCUCUCUCUCAAAAAAAAUGACUGCAGGCAUCUUGUGCACAAAGCCAGGCAUGAGACUGGGGUACCAGGGUCAGGGAAAGAAGUGCAGCCAAAUAAAUGCAGUGUCAUGUCAGUAAGCAGGUCUCCAUUUCACUAGCUCAGCUUGGUACAGACAUGCCCAAAGGAAGCCAUGGGACUCAGUGGCCAUAGCCACUGGAGACAUGCACGUAGGACCAGUGGAGGCUGCAGACCUCAAUCCAACAGCGUGGGCAUACAGUGCUGGACAGUCUGGCUGCAACAUUGUCCUCCUGCUGUUUGACAUCCGCCCAUCCAGCCAACACAUUCAUCUUCCCAACACAGCUCAUGCCAGGAGGUUCUCCCACAGACUAAAAGAUUUGGCUGUCACAGAGUUAUUUCCUGACACCAGUUACAUCCUUCCCCAUUCGUUUGAUCUGUUUUACUGCUGUCAUGAUCGCCUGUGAGUGGCUGAUGAACUGAAUGCCUGACUAUGCAAAUGUUUCCCUUUAAGGAAAAACACCAUCUGCAGGGAUGGCGUCUCUCUUGUGACGGCACAUAGGGGAGAGAAACCAGACUGCUUUGUAAGGAUGAAGGUAUAGCUUUUUCUUUUUUUUCCGGGGCAGCUAGUUGUAUGGCUAUUUGUGGGUUCAGGGAGCUAGGAGACCCACUGCCCCAGAGUAAGGGAAAGAGCUGGUUUGCAUAAUUGCUCUUUGUUUUUAGCAAGGCUAGAGGAAAUGUAGUGUUUUGCUUUGCACUAUGCUUUCUGGUAUUUUUCCUCCACCUGCAUCUACAGGGCUUUCAGAGAUGAAAUGCCUUCAGGUGUACAGAGAGCAAACAUGGCUGGUGAGCUUGCCCUGAACUGCAAGUACGCAGAAACUGUACAGAUCAGGGCAGUUUGAUGAUAAUUUGGUUCAAAGUAAGAGCAGCAGUUUUUCCCAUCAUUAAUUCUUUCACGGCAAACUGGUGUGCGGGGAAGCCCCAGCAGACUCAAGACAGCCUGUUGCUGCCUAGGAGGUCUUGUCAUAGUUUAACAUGACAGCGGGCCCAUAACAGUGCUCCAUGACAUUUCUGUUCCUAGAGAGUUCUGUGGCCUGAAAGUAGGAAAGCCAUACACACCAAUGUCACGUAAGCAUGAUCAUCAUCAUGUGCACAUUUUAAAAUCUGCUCUACCCUCCAACUCACAUUUUAAGCAGUGUCGAAACAAUGUCAGUUCUCCUGUGGCAUCAGGAAUUAUGUGCUAACCUCACUUCUGAAGUACAUCCCACUAGCAGGGAGAUGAACAGGUGAACUUCACAGUACUCAAGGGCCCUGCGAAAAAGACCAGCCAAUAUGGAAGAGGUCACAUUACCUCUGCCUGACUCAGGCAGAGCUCUCAAUAGCCUAUUCUCACAUUGUGACUUGAGGAGAAAAUUGAUCUAGUAUAAGGCAGUCCACCAUUUCCUGCAGCACCGCAUCUUCAAAGAUAAACUUUCAAGUAACGGCAAUUGUAGUUGUUCAAGCACAUACAGCAGAGAAGGGCAGGUCUCUUAAGCCUGCUCUUGGGUUCUCCAUGGUUGUACCAGUGAGCAAACCCAUUGCAGUUGCAUUGUAAACACCUCCCCAGCAGGUUAUGGUGACAACUGUGUUUCUACAUGAAAAUGUUACUGAAAAAAAUAAUGGUUAAAGUGUAAAAUUCUUACAGUGGUCACAAAGUGAAAAGAAAGGCUGCACACAAAUGACAGUGAACAGAUUACACAUCUGUUGUUACUAUCGCUUUUAGCACUGGUAUGCACAAACCUUUAGGAAGUUUUGAGGUAAGCUGUAUUAAACAGUUGAAUAAAACACCAUCUUCUCAUGUAUAGUGCUUGUGCAUUUGUCUAUCUUUCUUUAAGGGAAACAUGUUGGAGAGCACUAAACG